AUGGACGACAAAGUCAAAUACCUUCUCUCACUCAGCGCGGUGCGAGAGCGUGCUAAGAUUGUGGGAGAGGCCGCUGAAGCAGGCAAACUGAGUCACUUUGAUGUGCACGAGGAGCGUCUGGGCGAGGCUGCGGAUUAUGUGACUUCUGUCAUCAAGCGUGACUUUGGUCCAGACAAAUUCCACACCAUCCCACCUCACGGUCGCUGGCAACACUUUGAAGUUGGCGGCGUUCCCCGCAUCGCUAACUUGCUUGAUGAGUGGAAGAAAUCUGGAUGCGACGAUUUGGAAAUUACUCGUCGUUUGAUCGAUCUCUUCUUCGUUUCUGUGCUGUUGGAUGCUGGUGCGGGAGAUCACUGGCGGUAUGUGGAGCCAGGAACGAAGACGGAGUACGAGAGGAGUGAGGGUAUUGCGGUAGCGAGUUUAUACAUGUUUAAGAGUUGGGGAUUCGCUGCGAAGAAGGAUGGGGGACCGAUUGUUGAUGGAAAGGGACUACAAGAUUUGAAGACGGAAACAUUGGCCGAAGGCUUCCAAAUCUCCGAAAGCAACCCCAUGCUAGGUGUUGAUUCUCGAGCGAACUUGCUACGCAGUCUGGGAAAAUCAUUGCUUUCCCACCCUACCAUCUUCGGUGAAGAAGGCCGUCCAGGGAACGUCGUUGACUACAUGAAAACCACUGCUUCCGAUCCCUCAACUCUAGAUAUUCUAACGUUCUGGGACGUCCUCCAAAACCUACUCAUCCCCAUUUGGCCCCAAGACCGUACCGUGGUAAACGGCCAAGCUCUGGGUGACGCCUGGCCUUUAUCUACGCUCAAAACGCAAUCCAAAGAAGGAAACUCUGAUGAAAGCACCUUCAUCCAACCUUUCCACAAGCUAACCCAGUGGCUUGCCUACUCCCUCACCGUCCCCUUCACCCGCAUCCUCUCCCUAACAUGGAAGAACAUGUCCUCCAUGACCGCACUCCCUGAAUACCGCAACGGCGGUCUAUUCGUCGAUCUCGGUGUUCUGACUUUGAAGCCUGAGUCUUUAGAUCGUGGUCUAAAGGCUACUUCUGACGGAAGUGGUCUUCCUUCUUUCACCGCGGGAGAUGAUGCUAUUGUCGAGUGGCGAGCAAUGACCCUGGUGCUGGUAGACAAAUUGUACAAGCUGGUCUUGCAGAGAAUGGAAGGGGUGGAUUUGAGCAUGGCGCAGUUGCUUGAGGCAGGGACGUGGAAAGCAGGAAGAGAGGUCGCAAAAGAGAAGAGGCCUCAGACGAAGAGCAGUCCUAUUGUUAUCUUGAGUGAUGGGACAGUUUUCUGA